AUGGUGAUCAGUGCCGCUUCCGAUGCUGUAAAGUGCAGGAUGUUUCCGGCUACGUUUAAAGGCACUGCCAUGGCAUGGUUCACAACACUGCCCCGAGGAUCAAUCACGAAUUUCCGUGACUUCUCAUCUAAGUUCCUAGUCCAAUUCUCGGCAAGCAAGACCAAACAAGUGACGAUCGAGGAUUUAUACAAUGUACGCCAGUCCGAGGGCGAGACUCUGAAGCAGUACGUGAAACGGUUUAGCGCCGCGUCAGUAAAAAUUGAGGAGUCAGAGCCAAAUGCCUGUGCCCGUGCCUUCAAGAACGGUUUGCAACCUGGGAAGCUAGAUAGCAAGUUGAGUCGCAAGCCGGCCCGAUCAAUGGCUGAGAUUCAGGCGAGAGCAAACACCUACAUACUCGAUGAGGAGGAUGAUGCUUUUAAGCGAAGGCGCACGAAGGUAGAGAAAGAUGGCGAUCAGAGGGAUGCAUCGCCAGAAGACAAGCCGAGCAAAGAGAAAGCGGAAGGGAGCAAGAGACGAGACAGAAAGGUGCGUACGAGUGAAAAAGUGCCGAGAGAACCAUUGUAUCCCAAAAAGGAGAAUUUUGAGCGCCGCCGACCCUGGCAUCAAGCCGACUCUCGUCGGCGAGAGGAGUCAGGGAAAAUUUUGAGUGCGCAUCUGACGGAGCUGCUGCGUGAGGUUAAGGCGACACACGCAGUUGAGGAAGGCAAGAAGGAGGCAGGCUCGCCCCGGGCAACGUUAGAUAAGACAAAAUGGUGCGGGUACCACCGCUCGGCAGGACAUGACACUGGGGACUGCUUUACUCUAAAGAAUGAAAUUGAGAGGCUCAUCAGAGCAGGGCGAUCACAGCUGGGUGACCGUGGUGAUCGCUGGAGCGGGGAGCGACAACGAGGAAACCAGUAUUAUGGGUCCCACCAGCAGGAUGAUCGUAGACGGGAAGAUCGCCGCCGUACCCCAAGCGCUGACAAAAAGGAAACACUGGCCACACGGAAAAAAGGGGCAGAGGAAACCUUCAAUAAGGACCUUGAGCCGCCGGUUGGAACGAUAAAUACGAUUGCAAGUGGUUUCGGUGGAGGCGGGGAAACAACUUCGACGAGAAGAAGGCACGUCAGGGCAGUAACGUCGGUACAACAAUAUGAGAUCCCUUUCGGUUUCCAACAUCCCGACAUCGUGAUAUCAUCGGCGGAUUUCGAAGGAAUAAAGACGCACAAGGAUGAUCCGGUAGUUGUCAUGAUAAGGAUAAACAGCUUCAAUGUGCGACGAGUUCUUCUAGAUCAGGGAAGCUCUGCUGACAUCAUUUAUGGGGAUGCGUUUGAUCAGCUGGGAUUGACGGAUAAAGAUCUGAUGCCUUACACUGGGACGUUGGUAGGUUUCUCGGGCGAGCAGGUAUGGGUACGAGGGUAUAUCGAUUUGGACACAAUCUUUGGUGUCGAUGAGAAUGUCAAACUUUUUCGUGUGAGGUACCUAGUGUUGCAGGUUGUGGCUUCAUACAACGUCAUCAUUGGGAGAAACACACUCAACCGCCUUUGCGCAGUAAUUUCGACAGCUCACUUAGCGGUGAAAUACCCGUUGAUGUGCGGAAGAGUGGGGAAGAUCGUGGUGGACCAGAGAAAGGCAAGAGAAUGCUACAACAACUGCCUUAGCAUGUACGGAAAGAAAAAAGCUGGCGAGGGACACAAGUGCCACGAGGUUGAGAUUUUAGGAGACAAACAAGACGGGUUGAGCGGGCAGAAGUAG